AUGGCUUCGCAAAACGAGAUCGGGACGCAGCUGCCACUCGCCUUUGUCCAAGGCCCCAGCGAGCCCGAGCUAUGGCAGAAGAAACUCGGUGACCUGAUUGACGAGCAGGAACAUCGUUUCGGGGACCGCGACGCCCUCCUUGUUCCCUGGCAGUCCGCUAAACUAAGCUACCGGCAACUCGCUGAGCGAAGCCGCUUGCUUGCGCGGGCACUCUUGGCCCUGGGCUUGCAACAUGGCGACUGUGUGGGCAUCAUGGCAGGAAACUGCUAUCAGUAUAUUGAGGUGUUCCUCGGCGGAGCGCGCAUUGGCUGUCCGGUUGUGGUUCUGAAUACUACAUAUACGCCCGAGGAAUUGAGGAAUGCUGUGCGCCAGAGCUCAUGCAAAGUGCUCUUCAUCAGUCCUUCAAUUGGCGGAAAUAAUCUUGCUGCGCACAUCGAGAUCCUCCGUGGGCGAGAGUCACCUAAGCCCUCGCUCCCAGAAUUGAACCGCCUCAUCCUGCUGGGCCAAUACGGAUCCGAUCGAAAAUCGGGGAUUGAAGUCCAAGAAUACAGCGCCUUCACUGCGAGUGGGUUAUCGGUCUUCUUAAACUCGGUGGAGCGCAAGGUGCAACCAGACGAUGUGCUGAAUUUGCAAUUCACAUCUGGAACAACUGGUUCACCAAAAGCCGCCAUGUUGACGCACGUUAACCUCAUCAACAAUGCGCGAUUCGUUGGCCAGGCGAUGCAGCUUAACCCAGAGGAUGUCAUCUGCUCCCCGCCACCGCUGUUCCACUGCUUCGGGCUCGUAAUGGGGUUUCUCGCGUCCUUCUGCCACGGCAGUACGAUCGUCUUGCCAGCAGAGUACUUCGACGCUGCCAAAGUGGCGGCAGCUCUGAUUCGGUACGAUGCUACAGUCUUCCUUGGUGUUCCCACAAUGUAUCUGGGCGUGCUCGACACACUAGCGAAAACAAAGCAGAAGCCACGCAGACUCCGAAAAGGCAUUGCGUCUGGGUCCGGCGUCUCACCAGGUCUAAUGAAGCGGAUCCGCGAAAAGACCGGGGCAGAUCAGAUCUUGAUCGCCUAUGGUAUGACGGAAACGAGUCCUGUUACAUUUAUUACCUCGAUGGACGAUCCAUCAAGCAAACGUGCUACAACGGUGGGAAGGGUCCUACCUCAUACUGCUGCCAAAGUUAUUGACAAGGAGGGAUGCAUCUUACCGCGCGGCGCUAGAGGCGAACUAUGCACCAGUGGAUUCGCUCUGCAGAAGGGGUACUGGCGGAAUGAAGCAAAGACCAAGGAGGCAAUGCGCAAGGAUGAGCAUGGUCGCCUCUGGAUGCACACCGGCGACGAGGCACUGAUUGAUGCUGAUGGAUAUGCCCAAAUCACCGGCCGAAUCAAGGACCUGAUCAUUCGAGGUGGUGAGAACAUCUUCCCGCUCGAGAUCGAAGAGCAGCUUAUGACCCACCCCUCCAUCACCGAUAGUAGCGUGGUGGGCAUCAAAGACGAGAAAUAUGGAGAGGUCGUCGGCUGUUUCCUCAAGCUUUCCGACGGUGCCUCGAAGCCGUCGGACAAUGAAGUGCGGCAGCAUGUCCAAGCACACUUGGGUACACACAAGGUGCCGCAGCAUAUUUUCUGGCUGGGAGAUCCGGGAAUUGGUCAUGACUUCCCCAAGACGGGCAGUGGCAAGCACCAGAAGCACAUCAUGCGUGAAAUUGGGACUCGGUUAGUGAGCGGAAAGUCGGGGCCGAAGGCGAAGCUGUAG